GGUGAUCUGAUAACCAAAUCUCUUGACCAAACAAUUAUAAAUUAGAGAUUAGCCAAAACUGUGCUUCUGAACAAAUAUAACAGUUUAUUUUAAAAUAAACCUUUUAAUUUUAGUUAUUAAUAAGUAAAUUGUUUAUAGUUUGCGAUUAUUUUUUACCAAUAGAUGGUGUGAUUCCUGAAGAACACUUAGGUGUAUAAUGCAUUAUGGUUCCCUGUCACAGGUCUUUGACUUACUAGGGAGGCCUCAAUCUGAAUUCUAUUGUACAUAGCUAAACAAAUAAAGAUUUUUUUUAAAAUUUUUAAUGUUAAUUUACUGAACUAAAUAUAACGAUUAUUAUCGGGGGGAUCCCACACAAUCUUCCUUGUCAAAAUACACGAAAUCUAAGCGGACGGAAAGUUUGUCAGAGACACAACGAGUUUACGAACCGCGAACUGAAUCAUUCAAUUUUAAAUUAACAAUAAUUUAGGGUUUUAUUCUCAUUUAAAUGUACCUGCCCAUACUUUGCUUUUUAUAGGUAAUUUUAACUACAUAUGUGCACAAGAUUGAUAUCAAUCGUAUAAUUACAUAAUUACUGAUAUUUUACUUCCGUAGGUAACAGAAAUGUUAAGUGAAGUAUAAUGUUGGAUCACUUAAAAUAUAUAUAAUACAGGAUAUUAUUUCUGCUAAUUCCUCCCAGAUUUCAGCAUUACACAAUAGAUAAUUUAACUAAUAUAGUUAUUUUUAAUUGUCACGGCAACGGUGCCUAUAGGAAGGAAGGACGUGUGAACGGUACAAAUACAGUAAAAAGGUACGGUUGAAGUCCGCGGCGCGAAUCGAUACCCGUCAGCCCAACGUGUAGAUCGUGAACGAGCGCGGCCUGCAGGGGGAGGUAGGCGGGCGGCGGGCGUCUGCGCUCUUGCUUGCUCACGUGUUCGUCGCCCAUCUCGUUUCCCCACGCUCGAAAACCACACGCGCGAGCGAGACGGCAGUGGAGCUUCCAGUGUCUGCGUGCCGAUGUGUGUGUCGGUUUGUUCGACGUCGCGCAUUGCCGCGGCGUGACGUCCAGGCGAACGGCCAUGGCUCGGCGGGUGCGCGUGCGGAAAGAUCUGUCAAAGAAGCAGAAAGACGUAGGGCGUCUGGUGGAUACGGGACAGGCAGACGACAGGCGUCUCAUCCGGCUGGUGCAGGCUCGCCCCGUUCUGUACGCGCGCAACAACAUGCCUGUCGCCAGCUACUACACCAGUGUCAAGCGGCAAUGGCAAGAAGUGGCGCAAGAGAUGGACUGGACAGUGGCGGAAGUGCGUCGCAAGUGGUCGCACAUCCGCAACUCGUACUCGCGCCACCUCCGCAACGAGAUGCACGGGGCGUGCACGAGUCGCGGCCGCAUGGUAUCCAAGUGGUACCUCGCCGACGACCUGGAGUUCCUCCGGGACCACAUGGCCACCGAUGCACGUUCCGUGCCCUAUCCCAGCUUCGCGCCCACGCUGCUCGACCUCGACUCCGCCGAUGACGCGCACGACGUCAAGCCGCUGUUGUCCCCCGCGUGGUUCAUGACUCCGCCGCUCGCGCCUCGCGCUUCCAGUGACGACGGAUGCGGCUCGGCGUUCGGCUCCGAGGAGAGCUCCUCCUACUUCCAGUUCUUCCGAGGGUUGCAUGCCGACUAUCAGAUGCUUUGUGGCUCCCGCCAGCGCGCCUUUCAGCGGCGUUGUCUGGCAGUGUUGCACGAGCUGCUCGACGAACGCGACAGUGUGCGGCCACCGCCCGUCAGCGACGACGAGAGCGAAGCCAAGGCGCCCGAGGUCGAGCCCACGGAUUACACCUCCACCACCUACGACGACACCAGUGAAGCAGAAGCGGAUCCCUUCGAAGUUCGGAACACGUCGCAUUAAUUAAAUAAUUCGUAACGACACGAAUGGGCGGUCCAUUCGUGUCGCUCCAACAAUGUUCUCUAAAUUAAUUCGGAGGCCAUCCUCUUCACCUCCUUCGGCAGUGCCAAUAAUUCACUUGAACGCAACUGCUCUAGGUCCAUAAUAACCGGACGCAUCAGUGCAACAACUGUAAAUAAUAAAAUAUAAGACAUGUUCUGGAGUUACCUGAGUACAUGACUGCACAAUAUCUCUUUGAUAAACCCUUUAAUCUGGAUUUCACGCAAUGCGUUCCUUGUGGACCACUCCACAAGGAACGCAACGCAAUAGAGGCGAAACAAACAUCGCUGUUGUUAUAAGUACAACAGUGUAAUAGCAUACUGACACUUAAAUUUAUCGUGUCUAAUUAAAUGUAACAUUUCAUAAUAUAAUAGCGGCACCCAUGGGUCACGACCACCAUUGUACACUGAUGUCUCACAGUACAAACCACACAAAAUUUAUAAUAUAAUAAGAUUAAUUAAAGCUUGAAAGAAAAUUGGAAUUCUAGAGUACAAUCUAUCCUUUAUCUAUAUAUUUUUACACCUAGAUGGGUUAUCUAAAGUGGUCGAAACGCUACCUGAUGUAAAAGUUUUACUAUUUAUUCGGUGUGAUUUUGUAAUUAGACUGAUACUUUUCUAGGAUAUUAACUGAAAUGUCUCACAAAAAUCCAAAACUCACUCCGCCGCGUCGUGAUUAGACGACGUCAAUUACCUAUAUCGAUAAAUCAAACUUCAGGAAAAUAAUGAAUGUUUUAUUAAAGAUGAAGGCGUGUCCAUUGAUAUAAAUAUAAUAACCACAAUUAUAGUUCCAGCGAGUUUUUGAAAUCAUAAUUUAUUUUAAUUUAGCUACGUCUUAGUUGUAGCGAUAUUCACGGGUAUCUCAGAAAAUUAU